AGUGUGUUCACCUGCGUAUUAUGGCGUCUUUACUAAGUUGGAGAAAAUCAUUUUCUGGACUCAUACUUGUAUUGUUCUACAUAGCUGCUACAAGUAAUGGAUACAUCGUAGACCUGACAUUAGUGACCAAUCACCCCUUCCUGGAUCCUUCCAACACACGUGAUCAAUAUAUCGGCGCCUACCUAGGACAGAAAGAUGCGAGCAUCAGAGACGAUAUCACGUUCGAUCGAAUUAUCCGGACCGUUGAUACUGCAAGUCUACCAGACUAUAUCGUCGAGGUAAAUGAAGAUCCACGUAUAAGAAAGCUAAUAUUCGAACAGUCCAAUCAAACCAAGGCAUCAGGAGCAUUCCAGGCAGCUUUCGAAUUUGAAGGAACCACACAUACUUCUUCAACUGUUGUCUUGAUGCACAAUGCGAUAAUCUUGCCUGAACAGACAACGUUGACUGUCCAUGAGGGGGAAGAUGUUACACUCGAUGUUGUCACCAAUACAGAUGACUUCCGGUGGCGGUUUAAUGGAAAUGUUGUACCGGACAGCAGAAGAAAGCAAAGUCUUACCUUGGCGAACGUGAGGCUAAACCAAGCUGGGGUAUAUAAGUGUUAUAAAGCUGGAAAACGAUGGGAUGCAGGAAAUGCAAUAUUCCUUCUUCAUGUCGUCAAAUGCCCAGCUCAUCGUUGGGGAUCUGAAUGUGAACAUACCUGUACUGGGUGUCUCAAUGGAGGCAAGUGUGAUGUAGACUCAGGAGAGUGUGUAUGUCCUCCUGGUUUCAACGGGACAACAUGUGAACACGUCCUGGGCAGCAACCGGUUUGGGCAGGAUGGCAGCUUUUCUUGUGAUUCCUCAGGAGAUGAUCACAGUCCAGGAUGUCGUGGUAAACUCUUCUGCCUACCAGACCCCUUUGGAUGCACCUGUGCAGCAGGAUUAAUGGGAAUCAAUUGUACAACAGAAUGUAACCCAGGAACGUAUGGAGCCAAUUGUUUGCAAGAGUGCCACUGCUCUCCACUUAACAUCUGUACCAAGGAUACAGGAGAAUGCAUGGAUGGGAAUGCGUGUCAAGAAGGCUGGACUGGUGUCAACUGUCAAGUUCGACGUUCCCCCAUUCAGGAGGUUGACGAUGAUACACCGAUUCCUGGUACGAAAUCGGCAAGUUCUGGUUUCACUUCUUCAACCAUCCCCAUUGUUGAAGCUACAACUGAAGCUUCUACUAGUGCUACCACUCCUGCCACCCCUACCAUCCCUCCUCAGCCUGUUCCUUCUUACGCCAUAGCGAGCUUCAACUACACCAAGGUUAACAAUGGCGAACCUAUAACAUUGGUUUGUGUCGUGACAGGAUCGCCUCCACCGACGUCUGAAAACAUCAGUGUCACCCAUGCAGCCGGUGGAGAUGAAGGGGUUGUCCUUCUGGGGACCAAUGUCAGCGAAUCAACCAGGACAUCCCGGUACCAGGUUAUCGUGAGUCUGGGUGAGGUACCCCUGAAUUUCACUUGUCUUUUGCGCAGACCGGACGGGGAUAGUGUCUCGAAAGAUCUGGCUGUUUCUGUUUAUGAACCUCCAAGCUUUGUUCAAGCUCACAUACUCGUCCAAGAGAUGACAUCUCACUCGAUCACCAUACGAUGGACACCUUGGAAUGAGACAUAUGAUCGUGGUGAUGGGCCAGUGAUUGGAUAUCGAGUCUACUACAACACACACGGACAGGAUGACACAGCCAGGGCUUCAAGAGAUCUCAUCAGAGAUACAACUUUCACCAUUACUAAUUUGACACGGGACACAGAGUAUGAUUUCAGAGUGACUGCUUCGAGAGAGGGCCCAGCGGGUGAGGGGAUGUACAGCUCAGCAGAAAGAGCUUGGACAAAGUGUACUGCACCUUCUGAGGCGCCUGUUUUGUCUGUGAGAAACAAAGGUCAAACAACCAUCACUUUGGAUUGGGAGGUAAUAACAGAGGAAUCAUGGGGAUGCAGUGCCCUUUCUGGAUUAAAAAUCAAUGUUAGCACCUAUGGUCAAAAUGGCUUUCCUCGAACCUUGUCAUUCAAUACAACGGCGGGUACUGCUAACAUUGGAGAGCUUGAGGAUUGUUCUACGUAUAACAUCAACGCAGCGUUUAGAAACAAAGACGAGUUGGGGAUCUCUUCAGAAAUAUUCUCAGUGAGCACGUCUUUGACACGACCCGCAGGUGUAGAAGCCUUACUGAUGUUACCUUCAACCACACAAAUUAAAGUCAGCUGGACACUGUCAUCUAGCCUAUGCUCCGCUGACUACUAUAUCGUACGCUACAGUCUCUAUCAGAAGCUUGUCUGCUCUUCACCAGAAUCCACCCAGAAAGAGUUUGAAGUUAACACCAACGUCACACAAUACAAUAAUCUAGUGGGGUUGGAGCCUUACUCGCGAUACAAGAUCUCCGUUACAGCUGUGAAUGGUGCCGGGCAGAGUGUCCCCACGAUUAGCUAUUCAAAUACCAGGCCUGGAGCACCGUCCAACAUUACAAAUGUCAGGGUUAAUCCAGAAAGGACGUCUCCAACACGAUUAGGAUUCACCUGGCAACCUCUCAACUGUAGUAAUGUGAAUGGAGACUUCUGGUACUACUAUCCAAGAAUCUACAAGGAUGGUGAUAGAAGUAGGACACCAGCUGGGAGGGAAUACUUGGAUGAUGACUUUUCAUACUCAUCAGUAGAGUUCAAUGGUCUUGAGACAUGCACGAUGUAUGAACUGUAUUUAUAUGCCUGCAACCAUCAUGACGUGUCAUAUCCUUGUGGAAAACUGUCUCAUGCUAUCGGUGUAACAGGAGUUACUUUAUAA